UAUCCGGAUACUUUAGCCACACAGGAAACCCAUCAAAACAUGGAGUCUUUUGUCAGAUCCGAGACAAACAUGGAUUGUCUUGCUGGGAAUCAGAACUUCACCGAAAACGAUGUUUUAUGUAUUAUCACUAAGUCAAGGAAUGCUAAAAAGAUAAAACUUGCUUUAGAAGAGGCAGGUUUUUAUAACAAGAAAAGAAAGAUAUUAAAAUUGGAAAAUGAUGAAAUAGCUAUUCCAAUUAACAAUGUAAACAAUUCUUUGAAGUCCUUACAAAGCCUUUUGGGUGAAACAUCAGCAAGAAUGAUGCAAUUCGACCAUUCUCGAUUUCCAGAUGAAAAACUUUCUCCUAGAAAACUCAUGCUAUCAAAACUAAAAGCUCUCCUGGUAGUGGCUGGUGUAGAUUGGAGCAAAGAGCUGGAGAAGGAUAUUCCCUAUCGCUGGGAACAACAUGGCGAUCUUAUCAUUAUCCCUGAGAAUUGUUUUAUAUCUGAUGUUUGGCUUUCGGCGCUUGGUAGUGGAUUCUGGGUCUCCGUGGCUAGCGCUCUGGGGACAAAAAGACUUGCAAAGGCAUCCUGUGUAGAGAAUAACAAUUUCCGCAGUCCUAGAGUCACUUUACUUGUAGGCACAAACAGUUGGGUUUCCCACAUAGACAAUGGGAUAACAUACAUGUUUGAUGUAACAAAGUGCAUGUUUUCAUCUGGAAAUAUCACUGAGAAGAUGAGGGUUGCCAAAAUGGACUGCUUCGGUCAAGUGAUUGUCGAUCUUUUUGCUGGGAUAGGGUACUUUGUACUGCCCUUUCUUGUCCAUGCUAAUGCUGCUUUUGUUCAUGCUUGCGAAUGGAAUCCUCAUGCUGUUGAAGCCCUUAGAAGAAACCUUGUUCAAAAUAAAGUUAAUGAGAAGUGUGAGGUACAUUUUGGAGACAACAGAAAGUUUCCAUACAAAGGGAUUGCAGACCAUGUAAACCUGGGGUUGAUUCCAUCUAGUGAGUUUGCUUGGCCUGUAGCCUGCCGUUCGCUGCGGAGUGAUGUUGGAGGCUGGCUUCACAUUCAUGGCAACAUAUCUUCAGCUGAUAGCAAGAACUCACAUUUGGAUGGUUUACCAUUUCCUCCCACAUGCAACAAGAGAAUAAGGAAAGCAUGGUUGGAUUGGAGUAAUACAGUAGCUAGCAAGAUAAAGAUAUUAUUACAACAUGAGCAUUUGGCUAUCUUCAAUUGGACAGUUGAUGCUCAGCAUAUAGAGCAUGUGAAAUCAUAUGCACCACACAUUGACCACUUAGUACUGGACUUAGAAUGCAGGCCUGUUUGUACUAACUAAAAGUAAUAAUUAUAUAUCUAAGAAGGACAUAAAUAAGGUAUAAUAUAAGAAAUGCAGGAAAUGACACUAAA